GCCCGCGAAAUAAUGUGCACCCUUUGUUUCCGUACCAACCUGCUAAAGUGAAGAGACUGAAGUAGAUCCCCGAAGACGGAGAGAGAGCGCAAAGAGUGGCAAGGCAGCCAACAAUGGAAACUGGAACAACAGGAACAAGUGUCAAGGCUUCGUCUCUCAGAUGGAAAAUUCUUCGUCAAGCUAUUCUCCGCAAACCAAACGAUGAGCAAUCUGAAAUCGGCGUUAAGCGAAUUACGAGGAAGACGAGGCAGGGCUUCAACUUGAUACCAUGCCAUCUCGUUGACGACCCAUCUCACUCGAGCGAUGUUACCGUCUGCUACACCUUGCCCAUUGACUCUGCUCCCAAGCUUUACCUAACUCAAAGAGUGGUUGACCAUGCUGAACUCAGUGACUUUGAGAUUUGUAAUAAGUACAAUAUUGACAACACUGGGCUUGUUUGUCAGUGGCCAUCAGAAGAGGUUCUUGCAUACUUUUGCUUGUCACACGCAGACAUGUUCAGGUUGUUAUGGGUUGUU